AUGGCAGACCUCUACGGCGAUGACAGGGCCGAAGGUCUCAAUGAUGAGGAGGAGGACCCGGAGGAGGAGUCUUCUUCUGAGUUAGUGGCUGACGGGGCACGACCGGCUUCGGGAAGCCCGUCGCGAGCCCUGGUUCCUGUAGUAAAGCCGGGUGUUGGCCUGGGGGGGAGAGACAGUCCCAGAUCAUCAUCCGUGGGCACAGGCGCCGCAGAAGUAGAAGAGUUGUUGAAGCAGCUCAAGGCGUUGUACCGGCCACAAGAUGAAGAUAUGUCCGAGUACUUGACGCGGAUCACUCGUCUUGUUUUGGCUUUAAAGACGUUGGGCCACGAAGUGUCGAUCACUGACCUGGCCAGGGUCAGCUUGAAGGCAGAGCUGGUCCAGGAGGCCUAUGAGAGAGUUGGUGAUCGUUGGGAUGUCCGUGGAAUGGUGCGGUACUUGAGAGAGAAGUUCACCACUGCAGCCGUCGGCACGGAAAUGCCAGCUGAGAACAUCACGGAGCACGUGUCGGCUAUUGGUGAGCUGAUCAUGCAGCUGGGUGGAAAAGAGAGCACUCAGAGCGGUAAGCUGUUCAGCACCCCCUCGCAGGACGAAGACCGGCCUGCGGGAGGGACGCCUCCGCGGCCGAUCUCCUUAGGAGAUAUGAGCCGGGAGCGAAUGGGUCCAAAGGAUCUUGGAGGUGAUUCUCCGUUGCGGGCAAAAGUGGCCGCGCUGGAGAUGGAAUUGGAGGCGCUUCGUCACGGAUCGGAAGCGUCCGACGGGCACAAGGACCUCGCUGCGGCCUUGGAAGCUCAGACGAGGGCCCUUGAGGCUGCCUUAACUGGUAAGUCACAACAGACCAGCUUGACAUCGGUGAAGACUGAUGUCAAUUGGCCAACGCUGACUGAUGAUCGGUCAGAAGCCAGAGAUGUAGUGCAGUUCUACGAGGAGUUCGAAGACUGCUGCUCGCUGGCAAACAACUGUAAGGGCAUGAGCUACAGAGAACAGCUCAUAGCUCUACGUGGCAGGUGCAAAGGAAGUAGGCUGAAGACCUACACCAACAUCUACCGCUCAGCGUGGAAGAGUGGAGAAAUUCUGGAAAACCCAGAAAAGGUCUAUAACCGGAUCAAGGAAAAGCACCUGGUGUUUGCCGAGAGCAAGGAAGAGAAGGAGGUCCGAAUCGACAAUGAGCACGCCUUGCUGAACAAAGGGCGGAUGAGCGCUCACCAGUUCGAACCGCUUUUCGAAGCUAGCGUGUCGGAGCUGGAGUCGAUUGGCUGGGGGAAGACCCCACGUGAGCUCUACUUGUCCUACCUGCGGAAGAUGCCGAUGCAUCUGCAGAAAGAGAUCAGAGGAGAUAAGAGGCUCUGGAAGGGCGAAACGCUGCUUAGGAGCCCUCAGACGUGGGAAGAGGCACAUAGGGUUGUUCUGGAGUUUGAACAACGAGAAGCAACUCACAGAGCAACUGCCAACGCCGUCUACUCGUAUGGAGAUGAAGUGGGCGGUGGACUCUCGAAGAAAGAUGCAAAAAAGGCAAAGCAAGAAGCAAGCAAGGCUGCUGCGGCCGCGGCUGCAGCUAAGGCGGCUGCCGCUGCUGGUGCUGCUUCAGGUUCACAGAGCGUCCUGGCGACCAAGCAAGAAAAGAUCUGCUUCCACUUCAGAGACCACGGGAACUGUCCGAAAGGCAGUUCCUGCCCAUGGUCACAUGACAAAGAGCUAAGAAAAAAGGUCCUUGCGGCCAUGAAGGCCAGCGGAGGUAAGGGGGAGAAGCCGGACCAGACCUUCGCGGCUAAGGGGCAAAAGGGGAAGCAGAAGGGAAAGGAAAAGGGCGCCGGGAAGGGCAAGGGUCAAGGGAAGGGACCGAAACCUCAAGGUACGCUUUGCCCGUUCUUCCAGAAGAAUGGCGCGUGCAAGAAGGGGGCUCAGUGCGACAUGGUCCACUCCUUGCCAGCCACUGGAGGAGGGAAAGGCGGAGGUAGCCAAGGAACGGGGGGUAGUUCUAGCUUGCCUACGGGGUGGAGCGCUCCUUCAGGCGCAGCGAUGAACAACCCGUUCGCCGCGUUUUCAGUUGUGAUCGGAGGUGUGGUAGGGUCCGCGGGGGCUGUUUCUCGUUUCGAGAGCGGCGCCGCGACUCAGCCGCCCCAAGUGCUCAGUUUGGAGCAGCCUUCGAAUCCUGCGGACGGGAAGUCGCGGUUCACUUCACUUGAUGAUUUGCCCAAGGAUUGGUUCCACUUGGCCGAGAACGAACCAGGUGGAUACCAAUACAAAACAGUUGUUCGAGUCUUAGACAAAAAGGUGGAGACAAUGCUAGAUGGCUGCGCGGGCUCCAAUCAUCUGACCGAAGAACUGGUGGUUGGAAUGUUGAACCGGGCAGCAGAGUUGAACAUCGCACCGAACGACAAGCGCUUUCCGGUGGUUCGUUUUGAAAAGUGGACGUAUCCGGAGUACGUUCAUGGAAUAGCUUCAGGAGCUCCAGUGCCUUUGAAAGGCGCUGUGGUGAUCCGAGUUCGGUUUUUGGAAGGGGAGCAGCCUGAAAGGACUAAGGAUGGUCCUGAGAUCCUAGUCCGGUGUAAGGUGGCAGCUCGAGGCACGUCAGACUGGCAUGGCCUUAUUUUAGGGGGUCGAGCCUUGGAUUGCGAAGCUAAGUCUGGCUUGGGCUUUAGACCAGGCCCUGAUGCUCAUAUCCUAGACACUUUGGGCAUCAAGAUCCCGCGAUGCGAAGAUCUCAGCCGGCAGCGCAAGGAUCGGGCUUAUGCCUUCCAUUCCGUUCUGUCGAGUCUCGACGGACCUGAGGGGUUUGAGACAGGGGGCGACCAGCGUCAGCUCCUGCACUUUGCAGGAGAAGAGCCAGUCGUCCUAGCUCCUGGAGAUGGUGCCUUGGUGCCGGUGACCCGGGAUUUUGCCCAGGUCAUUGACGGCUCCUUGUGUGAAGGAGUUCUGCCGAUUGAAGGGCCGGUUGAAGCGGUCCCAGGAAUAUGGGACUCCGGAGCCGUUAGCGGCAUGGUGCUGGUUACAGCGCAGGAUGAGGAAGUCACGCUAGAGGCGGGGCGUCCUGUUGCGGAGGUGCGCCCAGGGUUGGCCGAAGUUACGGUCUGCGAGUGUGGCAUGAUGGACUCGCAUCUGACUUCGCCCAGUGAAGGGAAGGUAUGCCAGGAAUGCGGCGUUGGGAUCGCAUCUAGCCCUCCCGCUUGCCAGCUCUGUGGGGCAACGGAACGAGCUGUUGUUCGAGAUUUGCAGGGGUGUCGCACUUGCGCGCGCACUCUUGGAGCGAGGACCAGGCGCGCUGGCUAUGGGUUGCUUUCGACCCUCGCCGCGGCCUCGGUUUUGCUUGGAACGAUGACUUCACCUAGAGAGGUGAGCCCAGAAACGUGCAAGUUUCUUGAUGGGGUCCCAACUGGCGGGUGGAGAGAGUGCCAUGGGGGUCAUUGCUAUGUGGGAAAAUGGCCAUUUGAGGACGCGCUCACAGGGGUGAAUGAGUCUGAGUACCCAUUCCGGACCUUGGUAGUGCGGCAAGGGUCUCAAUGGGCCUUGUGGGAAACAGUCGACCUGAGGCGAUGGAGUCUCAGCGAUUGCGCUGACCUAGCCGGGGAUCAGGUUGGGGUUUUCUGCACAAAGGCUGGGCCGCGCUGGGCAGGAUGGCUUGAUGGCAGCGCGACCAGCGGGCUAGGAACGAGCCGCGGUCUCCACGAGCGAAGGGAGACGGGAAAGAACCCUUGCCUCCACAUCGUCGAGACCGUUGACAUGGAAAAGAUGGGUGAAGAAACGCCCACGGACUACUACUAUAGCCGGCUUCGAGCGGACCUGGGUGAGAGAUACAAGAAGGCGGAUCCUCACCUUCUUGAUCACCUAGUCUCGUUGGAAGGAUUCCUAGAUAAAUCCAUCAUCUUCGGCUUCUCCUUCGGAAUCUCAAAAGCGGAGAUCUGCGUGACCAAGGGGAAGCUGCUGGGGCACUUCAUAGGGAGGUCAGGAAGCUCACCCGACCCGGAAAGGUGCCAGGUGGUUAAGGACUUCCCGCCGUUGACAGAAAAAGUACAGAUCCAGCAAUUUUUGGGCUGUGCCAAUUGGCUCAGGGGUUAUAUGACCUCGGAGUAUGGUCACGCGGCCAAAGUGUUAGGAGCGUGGCAGAAGCCCGGGGCCGUCUUCCCCGAAAAAGGGUUGGGUACGUCGGACACGGAUGGGUGCAAAGCGUUCCGCGCGAUCAAGAAAAUGAUGUGCGAAUGCAUCGCCCUUGCUGUCUUCGACGAGGCUUCCGCUGCUGACGGAAGCUGUCCCUUAGAGCAGGUCGCCGAUGCAUCGGGGAUUGCGGUCGGAGGAACCGUACUACAGAUGUCGCGCGACCUGUCGCGCAUGAAGGAUCUGGCAGGCAUCGCCGGACAGUUGAAGGGUUUUAAUUUAGAAGAGUACCUAGGGGCGGGCACUGAAGACGAAGAGGGCGCCAUCCCGUGGGCAGUCGGUGAGGACGCUGUUCCCAAUAGGAUUGCUGUUGCAGAGGACUGCGGAGCGGAGGUCAUCGAAGCUCGCGUCCUCGUGGUAAUGGACUACCAGCGGCGCACGGAAGGAAACGCGGUCCUCGCGGACGCGGGAAGGCUCUUCGAGCAUGCCCUUCCAGGUAUCAAGGUUCAACUUCGAGCGUGCUAUGGUCCGUUCGAGGAUGACGAAGGGUGCUGUUCACAUUUCGAUGGAGCUGCCGGAAGAUUAAGCGGAGGAAAGAAGAUCAAGAGGCUGCGAGUAGACCUCCUGACUUCUUGCGCAAAGGUGCUGCGCGAGAUCGGUAGCUUCCUGCCGGACCUAGUGGUUGGGUUCGGGCAGGGCGGGGUGAUCAGCGCGCUGCUUCGGUGGCCUCUGGUUACUGAAGUGACCCUCCAAGCCCGGAACCUUCAGGUCAAGGAGACCGUGAAGGUAGGAGCCGGCUGGGGGCGGAUCAAGGGCAUCUGGGCCGUUGAUCCACGGAUCUGGCGAAACCAGGUCGGGCAGGAAGACGUGGGCCUGGCUUGUCCAGAGUUAGGAAAAGAGUUUCCCGUCGAGCCUCUGCGCGGUUUUGGGGUCGCUACAAAGAAGGGUAGGCCAGAUGAGACCGCAAGGAUGCUCGAAGCACUUCGGCUUACUCGGGUCGAGAGGGUGGAUUCGGUCGGGCUUCGAUCGGCUCUCUCUGAGCCGCCGCGAGAGAUGUGGGAGCAUGAGGGGCUCUGCUCUUGUGGAAAACGAACUUAUUUGUUUUCUCGGUGCCCAACAUGUAUCGCCCGCGAAGCCGAAGAAGAUUUCGCUAGAGCUGUUGAGAGCAGCGUCGAAGCCAAGGAAGAAGAAGAGAAUGAUGAUGACUUGAGGCUUGAGGUAGCAGGAAUGCUCGCGGCGGUGGAGAAGCCGUCCGGUGGAUUGUUCAUUCCUGAAGAGCUCGUGAGGAAGUGGGGAUCCGGCGGGCUCAUCGAUCGCCUUCGAUCGUCAGCCGCGGUCCAGUCUGUCGAAACCCAGUUUGGCAUGUUAGCCGCUCGCUUGUGGAAGAAAACCAAGGGUUUCCGGAAUUUAGGAAAGCCGUGUCAAGACUUUCCGUACCGGACAGUCUGGAUCGUGAUGCACGAUGGCGAAGUCGUGCAGGGUCAUCAGUGCUGCAAGGAGGAGACGGCCACUAAAAUGACCAUGGAGUGGGCGCUGGAGCAGGUCCACUGGCACAACCACACUUCUCUCAUCACGGAAGUGUGUGAGCGGGUCUGGGAGAAUCGUAGCGCUGAGAAUCUUCCCCCUAGCUUUCGGCGGCUUCUGCUGCUUUUGGGGCCGUAUGCUGGAAUUGAAGGUUGGGAUGAUGGCAAGGGAAGUGAGCAGUUGGUGCUUUGGGAACAUCCUCGACUCUGUCGUGCGAGGAAGCGGUCCUAA